UAAUUGCUGUAGAUGACCACAGUAGUGUCAGGUAACAGAAAACAUACUGUAUAAAGGGCAUUGUGAAAACAUGGGGCAUUGUGUACAAUGGGGAUUGUGAAGUGCUUGUGUAGGGCUACAAUUUUAGAAGGGUGCUUGUGCAACAAAACAUAUGUGUUGGGGACUUUAAAGGUUUAUCGAACCCGUAACGCUUUAGGGGUUUGAUACAAGCACCGGUGCCCCUGUGUCAAAUGUCCCAUUUAAACUUUUCAGUGACGUCCGAAGCUUCGUACGUCAUCAGUCACGUGACCUUACAACUUUGAUACGCGCUCCGAUACAUUGUGCCGAAGCAGAUUGCUUCGCGGAAGUGAUACGAGCUUCGGUGCCUCGGUGUCAGACUUCCCAUCCCUAACCAGAACAUCGCUGAAUACACACAACGCCUUUUGGUCUUUAUCGGACACCAUACUUUGUACUAAAGCUAGUUGACGAUAGGACAUCAAAUGCCAUUCAUAACACGAGACAAUCUAAUGUUUGCCGCCAUCAGGGAUGAUUAGAAAGUUAUCGGUGCCGAUGUAUAAUAUGGUCCUUCCCUGCAUGUUAAACCAGUCCAGAAACUGUCUACGGAUCUAGACAUUACGUCUGUGCAACAAGCAACAGGCAGUCAAGUUAACUGUGAACCGUGAGUGAGCGACGACGGCGGUCUGAUGAUGCUUACACAUGCUUACGUUUCUUAGCCAGCUAACUGCUAGCUAACUAUGCAACGUUAGAUGGUCCUUGUGGAAAUUUAACGUGCGUGUAAAGUCGAGCUUCUUUCCCAAACAAUGGAUGAGAGGGACAUUACAUUACCUAAAAUUGAGAAAGCGAAGGCCUUUUGGAAAAAUGUGGAUGUGGACGAUGUGUUUGAGGUGCUGCUACAACAUCUGGCACGUCUAAAAGAGUCAAUCAAGACGAACACAGCAUCAGACAAAGAGUAUCUUCAGGGCCUGAACUUACUCCAGGACUGUGAAAUGAAUGAAGUUUUGAACUUGAAACAUUAUGCAAUUGAACAAGUGGUCAUUGGCGAAGAUUACUUACAGUCUGAUUUGGGCUGUUUACAACUGUCGUUCAAGGAAGAGCAGUUGUCAGUGGGAUUGCUGAUUCCUGACCCAAAUAUAAGUUAUGAAGACAGCCAAGAGUUUGAGCUUGCAAACUAUCAGCCCCUUAAGGACCCGGUCACCCCACUGUCACCCCACCCAGACAUCUUUGAUGUCAUGCUACUCUCACCGCCACCAUAUAGCGUAGAGAAUGCCCUGGGGCAGUUGUAUUCCCCACAGGCCAUCUUCGAGCCCCACGACUGCAGCGCGGCCUGCGUGGUCAUUUUGCCUUCCCACCCAGACCACUUCCUGGGCCACAACCCCCUGAGGGCGCCGCUACUGUGUCAGUUCCGACGCCGUUGCUCUAGCAAGACCCGGUUCUCUACCGCGGAAGAUGUCCCCGCGCAAAUCACCGACGACGAUGAGGACGGUGACAACGAGGAAGUGUUUUACAAUGCGCCGUGUGGCCGCGAACUGCGCAGUUUCGAGGAGGUGCUGAAUUACCUGCGGCAGACGCAGGUGUUUGGUGUGCUUCAGCCGUGGAACUUCAGCUUUCAUCCGGCCGUGCGGCCGGAGCGCCUGCCCGUGUCGGCGUCGUCUCUCUGCAAGCGGGAUUUGAGUCGGGGGGUGGAGUCUGUCGCUGUGCAGUUGUGCAACGAGGUGGAUUCUGCGCAGCCCGCAGAGUUCCGUUACCGGAGAGAGCGGUGGCCUCACGGCUGCUUCCUCAGCGCAGGUCAACUCUUCUCCGCCUGUUGCGAUUGCACUGAUGGGUGCACAGAUAGCCGCAGCUGUGCGUGUCUGCAGCUCUCGCAGAAGGUUGCGGACGGGCCAGUACAAUUCUACAAUCACCAGAGGCUGCAGCAACCAGUUCCCACAGGGCUCUAUGAGUGCAGUCCGUGGUGUGGAUGUGAUCCAUAUAACUGUCUGAAUCGUGUCGUCCAGCAUGGCGUUCGGGUCCGUCUGCAGGUGUUCCGCACGCCUGACCGGGGCUGGGGAGUUCGGUGUCGUGACGACCUUGAUGUUGGGACCUUUGUUUGCACGUAUGCAGGUGUGGUUCUUAGAACAGAGCAGAAUUCCGAAGAAUCGCCUGUCCUGAAGUCCAUUCGGGAGGAGGCGUUCUCAGAUGAUGAGGUAGAGGUGGUUGAAGAAUGGACUCUCCCGACAUUACAGCAAACGGGAUCAUCUGCAACGGCUGCAACAGAUCCUUGCUCUCCUUCCCACAUCCCGGUCAUUCAGAGGCCCACAGAUCACCCAGCUCUGCCAGCAGAUGGCGAUAAAGACACUGUCAAGACACAGGAUCACGAGACUCUCGUGCCAGCUGGAAAAGUAGCUCAAACGACGGGUGAGGAGAAGAUGGAGAUGGAUGAAGAACCCCAGCUGGAGAAGGAGGAGAGGGGGAAGGAGGAGGUGAAGAAGGAGGAGAGGGGGAAGGAGGAGGUGAAGAAGGAGCAGAGGGGGAAGGAGGAGGUGAAGAAGUGUGGGGACUCCAAACUGAGGACGGGCCCCCAGGAGUGGAAAUACAGCUGCUCCAAGCAGAGCUAUUACCUUGACGCUACAAAAGAGGGGAAUGUCGGAAGGUUCAUCAAUAGCAGUGGUAGCCCUAACCUCUUCGUACAGAAUGUCUUCGUCGACACACAUGACCCCCAGUUUCCGGUCAUGGCUUUCUUCACAAGCAGGACAGUGAAGGCAGGAACUGAGCUGACUUGGAACUAUUCUCCUCACGACGUCAAUGGCGACUGAGUGGAACUAUUCUCCUCACGACGUCAAUGGUGACUGAGUUAGUUUGGAUGUCAUCGGCCAUCUUACCUGAAUGCAGCUAAGGCAUGAAGAGUAGAAACAGGAGCAACAAAUGAUCUCAGAACUUUUCCCAAGGCCAAGUUGGAGAGAUCAAGAGUGUUAUUUAUGCUAUUUUGAAUUAUGCUGUUUUUUUGUUUAUACGUUUUUGAUUCUGGAUCCCUACCACUUUGAUAUUCCAGAGUAUUAUCCAACCAUUGUUAAAAACCCACUGUUUGUGUCUCUGAUUAAGCCAGAUAGGAAAUUUCCAAAAUAAAGUUAGUCACCACAAUCAUGGCAUUACUUCUA